AUGGUGGACCUGUUCUUAGACCGAGUCCUGGUAAAGAACAACUGGGACCAGGAUCAGCUCAACACAGAGCGGGAGAUCACGGGGAUCCUUGAAAACCGCAUCCUCAUGCUGUUCUUUGCGUGUGCUGAGUGCAAAAAGUGCCAGGACUUCCUGCCUGUUCUCAAUGACUUUUUUAAGAGGCUGAAAGAUCCGGCGUUCAUCGAAUACCCUAAACUGCUGGCACUGAUCUACGUCAGUUUGGACCAAUCAGAGGAGCAGCAGGACAGAUUCCUGAAGGAGCUCAACAAGAGGAUUCUAUUUGUGGCCUUCGAGGACCCGUACAGAAAAGAGCUGCAGGCCAUGUUCAAGGUGACCGAUGUACCGACAGUUAUGGUCCUUCGUCCUGACGGCUCCGUCCUCUCUCCAAACGCUGUGCAGGACAUCUGUCGAUACGGUUUAGACUGCUUCAAGGACUGGCAGGAAUCGGCAGAGCUCAUCGAGAGGAGCUUCAUGCUCAACGAGGAGUACGACAACCUGAAUCUGCGCAGUGCCACGGAUCCUGUGAGGAGGCUCAAAUACAAGACAGAAGACAACAAGAGGAAGAAGAGGUGGUGGAAAGUGUGGGAGAGGGGGAAAGAAGGGUAUGAAGAGGAGGAGGAGGAGGAG